UGUUAUGCUGCUUUUCCAUCUGCCAUUCAAGUUAAAGAAGAAGCUGCACGACAGCAUUUUUUUUGUUUUGCAAAUAUGUCGGACUAUGAACAUGUCCAGAAAAGUGCCCUGAAGAUUAAGGGUGUGGGGAGCGUUUCUUCUGCUAAAAAGAAGAAGAAGAAGGACAAAGAAAGCAAGCGUCGCAUGGAGCAGGUGGCCACCAAUCAGAAGGAUGAGGAGGUGAAUGCCAAACGGGCGUACAUUGACAAAAGGACGCCGGCGCAAAUUGCGUUUGACAAGAUGCAAGAAAAGAGGCAAAUGGAGAGAAUUUUGAACAAAGCCUCCAAGACUCACAAGCACCGAGUAGAGGACUUCAAUCGCCACCUGGAUAACCUGACAGAACAUUACGAUAUCCCUAAAGUCAGCUGGACCAAAUAAACAGCGAGACAUUUUCCAUUUUUGUUUUUGGGAGGUUAAGUUAUGCCAGUUUUCUGUUUUUACAUUUAAAGUUACUUAUUGUGAUCACAUGUUGCCAUUUCCUCUUGAAGUCACAAGUGUUGUGUGCAUAAAGAAUGAGAAACGUGGUAGCCUGGAUUUGUAGUCACGAGCAUCAUGCUCGGAACUAUGAAACGAGUGUAUUCAGAAACAAUUAAGGAUUGUAUAUUAUUGUAAAAAAAUGAAUUCUUGUUUUAUUCCUUUUUGAAAAUAAAAUAUAUACAAAAAUCCAACUUUUCUUUCAAUGACUGGUUGAAAAUUUACAUCUUCAUGAACUGAAUUUGAUCUUUUUCCCCCAACAAUGCCUUUUUGGGGAAAAAAUAUACAGCUUUUUUCACCCAAUUUUUUCAUUAAAAAAAAUGCUACUUUUA